AUGAGGACCCUCGAUCGACCCGCAGCCAGUCUGCUGUGGUCAACAUGCCUGUUGGCCUUGCACUUUACGAUACCAGCCACCGAUGCCGCCGAAUCCAGUUUGAUGAGCCACGUCGAAAAACAACGCUACGACGGAUGGUACAACAAUCUGGCCCAUCCGGACUGGGGAGCCGUCGAUAAUCACUUGACUAGGAAAGCCCCUUCGGCGUAUUCGGACGGUGUAUACGUGCUGGCGGGUGCCAAUAGGCCCUCGCCUCGCAAGCUCAGCAGACUGUUCAUGCGUGGCACAGACGGUCUGCCUUCGAUGGAAAACCGUACCGCUCUGCUGGCCUUCUUCGGUCAGGUGGUAACGAACGAGAUAGUCAUGGCGUCCGAAUCGGGCUGCCCGAUCGAGAUGCACCGUAUCGAGAUCGAGAAGUGUGACGAGAUGUACGAUCGAGAGUGCCGCGGUGAUCGAUACAUCCCAUUCCACCGGGCGGCCUACGAUCGCAAUACGGGCCAGAGUCCGAAUGCGCCCCGCGAACAAAUCAAUCAGAUGACGGCAUGGAUCGAUGGAAGUUUCAUCUACAGCACCUCGGAGGCAUGGUUGAAUGCGAUGCGAUCGUUCCAGGACGGUGCGCUGCUGACGGACAAGCAGGGAACAAUGCCAGUGAAGAAUACGAUGCGGGUCCCACUGUUCAACAAUCCCGUGCCGCAUGUGAUGCGGAUGCUCAGUCCGGAACGGUUAUACUUGCUGGGGGAUCCUAGAACAAACCAAAACCCAGCCUUACUCUCGUUCGCCAUUCUUUUCCUGCGUUGGCAUAAUGUGGUGGCCAAGCGAGUUCGACGACAACAUCGCGAUUGGAGUGAUGAAGAGAUUUUCCAACGAGCGCGCCGUGUCGUAAUCGCUAGUCUGCAAAACGUUAUCGCCUAUGAGUACUUGCCAGCCUUCCUGGACAAGGAGAUAACACCGUACGAUGGCUAUAAGGCCGAUACUCAUCCAGGAGUAAGCCAUAUGUUCCAGGCCGCUGCAUUCCGAUUUGGACAUUCUUUGAUUCCACCGGGUCUCUUCCGACGCGAUGGUCAAUGUAACUUCCGGCGCACUAAUAUGGACUUCCCGGCUCUGCGUCUUUGUUCGACAUGGUGGAAUUCUAACGAUGUGCUAGACAAUACGCCGGUGGAAGAGUUCAUUUUGGGCAUGGCUUCGCAGAUUGCCGAAAAGGAAGAUCCGCUGCUCUGUUCAGACGUGCGCGAUAAAUUGUUUGGUCCGAUGGAAUUUACACGGCGAGAUCUUGGUGCUCUGAAUAUUAUGCGCGGUCGUGACAAUGGGCUUCCAGACUAUAACACGGCACGUGCAGCUUACCGGCUACCCAAGAAGAAAAAUUGGCGAGACAUCAACCCACAGGUGUUUGAACGGCAGCCCGAACUGCUGGAGCUGUUGAUCAAAACUUACGAUAAUCAGCUGGACAAUGUGGACGUCUAUGUUGGUGGAAUGUUGGAGUCCGAUGGAAGACCCGGUGAACUGUUCUCAGCUGUCAUAAUCGAUCAGUUUACCAGAAUUCGUGAUGCCGAUCGGUUCUGGUUCGAAAAUGAAGAUAAUGGCAUAUUCACCAAGGAAGAAAUAGCCGAAAUACGCAAGUUCACGCUUUGGGACAUCAUCGUGAACAGCACGGACAUUGAAGGAGAUGAAAUUCAGCGUGAUGUUUUCCAUUGGAAACAAGGUGAUCCCUGUCCGCAACCGGAGCAACUAAACGCAACUUUAUUGGAACCGUGCAACUACCUCGAAGGAUACGAUUAUUUCUCCGGCUCGGAGCUAGCGUACAUCUACUCUUGUGUCUUUCUGGGUUUCGUGCCCAUUCUAUGCGCCGGUGCCGGAUACUGCGUGAUCAAGCUCCAGAACAGUCGACGUCGUAAACUGAAGAUUAAACAGGAAGCCAUGAAAAACACUGCCAACAGUAAAGUGUCCGUGGAGAAAAUGGUAGCUCGCGAGUGGUUACAUGCAAACCACAAGCGAUUGGUCACGGUGAAGUUCGGACCAGAAGCGGCCAUCUACACAGUCGAUCGUAAGGGAGAGAAACUACGUACCUUCAACCUGAAGCACGUCGAUGUGGUGACGGUGGAGCAAUCGCAAGAAAACUACAAAGCCAAGAAACCUUACAUUCUGCUCCGUGUGCCAAAUGAUCACGAUUUGGUGCUGGAACUCGAAUCAAACUCCGCCCGGCGGAAGUUUGUGAAAAAGUUGGAAGAUUUUCUAGUGCUGCACAAAAAAGCAAUGAACUUUGUGGAAUCGAACCGUGAUUUGAUGCUGGCCAAGGCCGAAACGCGUGAGCGUCGUCAAAAGCGACUUGAACACUUCUUCCGCGAGGCUUACGCACUGACGUUUGGUUUGCGACCAGGCGAGCGACGUCGCCGUUCGGAUGCAUCGCUGGACGGUGAGGUUAUGACGGUGAUGCGUACCAGUUUGUCGAAGUCGGAGUUUGCAGCAGCGCUUGGGAUGAAACCCGACGAUAUGUUCGUUCGGAAGAUGUUCAACAUCGUCGAUAAGGACAAAGAUGGAAGAAUAUCCUUCCAGGAAUUCUUGGAAACCGUAGUGCUGUUUUCACGGGGAAAGACUGACGAUAAACUAAGGAUCAUUUUCGAUAUGUGUGACAACGAUCGAAACGGGGUUAUUGAUAAAGGAGAACUAAGUGAAAUGAUGCGUUCCUUGGUGGAGAUCGCUCGAACCACGAGCGUUACUGAUGAUCAAGUUAACGAACUCAUCGACGGCAUGUUCCAGGACGUUGGUCUAGAGCACAAGAAUCAUCUAACCUAUGAAGAUUUCAAGCUUAUGAUGAAGGAAUACAAGGGAGACUUUGUUGCGAUUGGAUUGGACUGCAAAGGUGCUAAACAGAACUUCCUCGAUACAUCUACCAAUGUGGCUCGUAUGACAUCAUUCCAUAUUGAACCGAUUUCGGAUUCACGGCGUCACUGGGUGCAAGAAAAGUGGGACUGCUACACGACCUUCCUUGAGGAGAAUCGUCAAAACAUCUUCUACCUGUUCCUGUUCUACGUGAUCACCAUCGUAUUGUUUGUGGAGCGAUUUAUUCAUUACUCGUUCAUGGCGGAACACACCGAUCUGCGGCAUAUCAUGGGAGUUGGAAUUGCUAUAACACGAGGAUCUGCUGCUUCAUUGUCAUUUUGUUACUCUCUGUUGUUGCUCACGAUGUCGAGAAAUCUACUCACAAAGCUUAAGGAGUUCCCAAUUCAGCAGUACAUCCCGCUGGAUUCGCAUAUUCAAUUCCACAAAAUCGCAGCCUGUACUGCGCUGUUCUUUUCGCUGUUACACACGGUGGGACACAUCGUGAAUUUCUAUCACGUUUCCACACAAUCGAUCGAGAAUCUCAAAUGUCUCACGAAAGAAGUGCACUUCACGUCCGACUAUCGACCUGAUAUAACGUACUGGCUGUUUCAAACCGUCACGGGCGUUACCGGAGUAAUGCUGUUCGUAACUAUGUGCAUCAUAUUUGCCUUCGCUCAUCCAACCAUUCGCAAGAAGGCGUACAAGUUUUUCUGGAACGCACAUUCUCUGUACGUGGUGCUGUACGCAUUGUGUUUAGUGCACGGACUUGCACGUUUGACCGGUGCCCCUAGGUUCUGGUUGUUCUUUAUUGGGCCCGGCAUAGUGUACACGCUGGAUAAGAUCGUCUCACUGCGCACGAAGUACAUGGCGCUUGAUGUUAUUGAAACCGACCUAUUACCCUCGGACGUAAUCAAGAUCAGGUUCUACCGUCCGCCGAAUCUAAAGUAUCUUUCCGGUCAGUGGGUACGGCUAUCAUGCACAGAAAUAAAGCCCGAGGAAAUGCACAGUUUCACACUCACAUCGGCACCGCACGAGAACUUCCUCAGCUGUCACAUCAAAGCGCAAGGCCCGUGGACAUGGAAGCUGCGCAACUACUUCGACCCGUGCAACUACAACCCGGAUGAUCAGCCGAAGAUACGGAUCGAGGGACCGUUCGGCGGAGGCAAUCAGGAUUGGUACAAGUUCGAGGUCGCUGUUAUGGUCGGUGGCGGUAUCGGUGUGACGCCAUACGCUUCGAUUUUAAACGAUCUGGUAUUUGGUACCAGCACCAACCGGUACUCGGGAGUCGCCUGUAAGAAAGUGUACUUCCUGUGGAUCUGUCCGUCGCAUAAGCACUUUGAAUGGUUUAUCGAUGUGUUGCGUGAUGUGGAGAAAAAGGAUGUUACAAACGUGCUGGAGAUCCACAUUUUCAUCACACAAUUCUUCCACAAGUUCGAUCUUCGAACUACCAUGUUGUACAUCUGCGAAAAUCACUUUCAGCGUCUCUCAAAAACGUCCAUGUUCACCGGGCUUAAAGCGGUGAAUCAUUUCGGUCGUCCUGAUAUGUCGAGUUUUCUCAAAUUCGUACAAAAGAAACAUUCAUACGUUUCCAAGAUCGGAGUCUUCUCUUGCGGACCGCGGCCACUCACAAAGAGUGUUAUGUCGGCGUGUGAUGAAGUGAACAAGAGCCGCAAAUGGCCAUACUUCAUACAUCAUUUCGAAAACUUUGGCUAA